AUGCUCGACCUUCGAAGCCAAAAUCAAGGCAUUGAAAUCUUGGUCAUUGCUCCUGAGCCCUCCUUGGUCAUUCGUCCGCGACUCUAUGAGGCAAACGCUUCCGACAUGACCCAUCCUCUUGGAGCUCUCUUUGAAGGAGCAAGAAUUGAAUUUCUUCAAGGCAUGGUGAGAUCUAUCAAUUACAAUGCGCAAACUCUGGACGUCCGGUCCGCUUCAGGCGCCGAAUCGACUACCAGCUACGACCGCCUCAUUCUAGCAGCUGGAAGCGCCGUUAUCCGGCCAAAGAGUAUCCCCGGAAUCCGGCAACACACAUUUGACAUUGAUUCGCUGGAAUCUGCAACGAAACUCGAAACUCAUCUGCGGGAUCUCGCUUCCCUUCCACCAAGCCCGGGUCGCAAUACCAUCGUGGUGUGCGGUGGUGGUUUCACGGGCAUUGAGCUGGCAACCGAACUACCCAAGCGUCUUGGCCAUAUCAGUGAUUAUCGCGUCGUUCUGGUUGAAAACGCAGACCAAAUCGGCCUGGCGCUUGGACCGGGACCCCGCCCUGUCAUUACUCAGGCCUUAGAAGACCUCGGAAUAGAGGUCAAGGCUGGGUCUCCCGUUGCGAAAAUUGACCCCGAUGGCGUUUCUCUUGCUUCUGGUGAGCGUAUUGAGACAAAAACAGCUAUUUGGACUGCCGGGGUAAGAGCGACACCCCUGACGCAGCAGUUUCCCGCUCCUAAAGAUGAGCUGUCUCGCCUCCAUGUCGACCAGUAUCUUCGAAUUCCUACAAUCGAGAAUGCCUUCGCCACGGGAGAUGCUGCGUCUGCUCUUGCCGAUACCAAAGGACAUUAUGCCCUUAUGUCCUGCCAGCGUGCUCUGCAACUGGGUCGCGUGUCGGGCCAUAAUGCGGCUGCGGACCUUCUGGGCGAACCGAUGAUCGAGUACUCCCAAGCCGCCUAUAAUUGCUGUCUGGACCUUGGCUCCUGGGGUGCUGUGAUCUCUGCCGGUUGGGAUAGGAAGGUCAAGCAUACUGGAGAUGUAGCAAAGCGAGUGAAAUGUUAUAUCAACCAGCAAUUGAUCUAUCCUCCCCGACGAUUCUCAGGAAGCGCUUACUUUGGCGAACCCUAA